CCAGACAACUUGUGAUGCAGCCGCUGCACAACCAACCAGACUGCACCUGCAUCUGCCAAACCUAAGCCUCCAACAAAAGGGCGAGUCCAUUUCCGGAGACAUCCAGGACGCGUGCGCAUGUCAACGAACGGCUGUCUUUGUCGUCGUUGGUAAUCACAAUUGAGCCACCGCUUUCGCUUGGCUUGCCCGUUUCUGGACGCUUUUUUUGCUUGUUCCAUUCCAUUCCACCUCUAGCUCGCGCUUUGCUACCCUUGCCGCGUGCGGCCAUCACCUUCAUUCCAGCAACAUCCGCAUCCGCAACGACACGAAAAGGCCUAACUCCUGGCCACCUGACGACAAGUCACACUCGUUCCUCUCUCAUCCACAACUGCGCCGACCGCCAUCGUCGUCCUGCAAACACGGAACCAAGACGGUCGCAUCCCCUCGAAAGAUCCCACCAUGGCCGAGGUCGCGCUUAACACGCCGCUGGCCGAUGCGCUCACGAGCGCAAUCACGCCCAAGCUUCUCGAAGUUGGCUGGGGCACCGGUGGCGCCGACGAUGCCGCCCUCGCCGAGUACAUCGUCCUGAUGCUGGUCAACGGCAAGUCGCAGGCCGAAAUCGCCAGCGAGCUCGCCGGCGAUCUCCUAUCCCUCGGACCCGAUGACCCGGGCGCGCUCGAUUUCGCGAAGUGGCUGUUUCAGCAAGUCGACCUGCUCAAGGCCCAAAGCGCGCAGAGCGCCGAGGGCGAUGCCGCCGCCACAACAUCACAAGGUGGCGAUCAGGACACAGAGAUGGGCAUGGUUGCCAACGCGGCUGGAGAAAUAAACGCACCUACCGGCCCAAAGGCGAUGAGGAAUGGGAGCGCCAGCAGCAGCAGCAGCAGGGGCAAUCCCCGCGACAGGCGAAUGAUGGGCCAGAUCAACCGCGCGCUGGACAGGACACAAGACAGCGUGCUUCAUCGGACACGCGGUAAUGACAGGAUCAAUAGCCACGCGCGCCAACCACCAAACGGCCCGCGGGGCGGCCUUGGCCGUCAAGCGCGCGGCGGCCCCAUGAACAUCAGGGGUGCGAGCAUCGCCCACGGGAUGGCUACAGCAAUGGGUGGCGUGAUGCCACCCGGAGGACCCCCGGGUAUGAACGGGGGGAUGCCGCCGGGCAUGAACAACGGCGGCGCCUGGAUGCCGGGGCCCAACCAGGACCCCCAGAUGGGGCUCUUCCACAUGCUGGAGCAGCAGAACCAGAUGAUGCAGCACCUUCAGCAGCAGCUGAACCAGCAGAUGAUGAUGCAACAGCACCAGCAGCAGGGCGGUCCUAAUGGCUUCCAUCAGAACGCCGGCCGGCCGCUCUCAGAGCGCGUGCAACAUCAGAACAGAAACAACGGCAACUUUCGCAAAGGUCCGCAUCACAACCAGAACGGCAACGAGCAGCAGCCGGCCGAUGGCGCGCCGAACGGCGGCGCCGAGGGCGCCGAGGCAGGCGAGGAUGCCGAGAUGGGUGGACAGGCCAAGCGGGAAGCGUCGAACCCCAAGGAGACGGUGUGCAAGUUCAACCUCAGCUGCACCAACAGGGAGUGCAAGUUCGCACACCAGUCGCCUGCAGCAUCGCCGGGAACGACGGUGGACGUGACGGACUGGUGCAGCUACGGGGGUGCGUGCAAAAACCACAAGUGCGUCGGGGCACACCCGUCGCCGGCGACACGCUCGGCGCACCAGAGCCAGCAGGACUGCCGCUUCUACCCCAACUGCACGAACCCUCACUGCACGUUCCGGCACCCGAGCAUGCCGCCGUGCCGGAACGGCGGCGACUGCUCCGUGACGGGGUGCAAGUUCACCCACGUCAAGACCCAGUGCAAGUUCCGCCCCUGCACGAACCGCUUCUGCCCCUUCAAGCACGAUGAGGGCCAGCGCGGUACCUUCCAGGACAAGGUGUGGACGGCCGACGGCGCCGCGCACCUGAGCGAGAGGAAGUUCACCGACGACGACGCGCCCGUCGAGGACGUGCUGCCGGGGGCCGACAGUGGCACCGACGGGGCGGCGGAUUCCGACAUGGCGGCAUCGGAGGCGGUCGCUGCUUCAAACUGAUGAAAGUUUUACGAUAAUGGCUAGAAGUUAACUCUGUUCUUUUUUUUCUGGGAACCGCUGCUAUGUCUGUCUAUUCGCACGGCUGGACAGUGAGGAGGGAUCACGGAUAACCAUCCAAGGGGAGCAUUUAUGGGGCUGUCUUGCUGAACCGGCAGAGGCCAAGGAUGUGACGGAUGGAAGAGAGCCAACCGCACCUUGGGACUCUCGAUGUGGGAGGGGGUGGUUUGCUUGCGGGUGCCCUGGCGCCAGCCCAACUGUACUACCAAAAUGAGAAAAGAAAAGCAUCAGUUUCCCUCCCUAUAUGUUGCGUUGCUGCAUCUCACAUUCCCCUCCGGCCGGGCCCUGGUUCUUCUUGAUAUAUAGCAUGGAGAGCAUGGUAAGGCAUCGACGGCUUUAGUGAUGAUUUUGUAUUGUGCGCCCAGAUAGGUACUCUCGAAAGAGACGCACUGUAAGGUCCCCUAAGCAGACAUCUCCUUACGUUUCCUAAUUUGUUGGACAUCAUCACAUGUUGACCUGGGGGGCUUGCCAGCCUUUUGGAUGAACGGCCAACACCUCGAGGCGAGUCUCGGUCGAGUAGAAACAAAGAGCUGCUCACGACUGAUUAACGAGGGACGAAAAACAAAAACAUGAAGAGAACCACGGCGGGGUCGGGGGAUUCGCUAAGAGCACCAGGCAGAAAAAAGAAUCGAUCCAAGCACCUGUCUUUCCAGAGACCGUAGCCUUAGUAUUGUGCAGGUAUCAUUUGUUUUCCA